AUGAGGCCAUUCACUUUUCUCCUCCUCCUCCCCCUCACUUUGGCAGCCCCCGCCAAACGUGAUUCUCCCAGCGUCACCAUCGCUUCUCCUGCGGCAACCAUCGUUGGCUCAUCGGCUUUGAAUAUCGACAGUUUCAAUGGAAUCCCGUUUGCUCAACAGCCCACCGGAUCGCUCCGCCUGAAACCUCCCCAGCCCCUGCAGUCAUCAUUAGGGACCAUCUCUGCGACAGGAAUAGCCAAAUCAUGUCCUCAGUUCUUCUUCUCGACCAACAACAGCGAGUUCCCUGGGUCUGUUGUGGGGGAACUGGCAAAUAUCCCUCUCUUUCAACAUGUCACCAAUGCAGGCGAGGAUUGCCUCACUCUCAAUAUCCGUCGUCCAGCGGGGACCAAACCGGAUGCAAAACUGCCAGUACUAGUCUGGAUAUUUGGCGGCGGGUUCGAGUUGGGUUCUACGACCAUGUAUGACGGGGGGCCAAUUGUUUCUUCUUCAGUGGAUCUGGACAUGCCUGUCGUGUUUGUGGCGAUCAACUAUCGCGUUGGAGGAUUUGGAUUCCUUGCUGGCUCUGAGAUACUCGCUGAUGGCGCUUCCAACUUGGGGCUGUUGGAUCAACGUCUCGCGCUGGAAUGGGUGGCGGAUAAUAUUGAAGCGUUUGGAGGAGACCCGAACAAAACAGUCAUCUGGGGCGAAAGUGCAGGUUCGAUCAGUGUCUUCGACCAGAUGGCGAUGUAUGAUGGCGAUAUCAAUUACAAGGGCUCGCCUUUAUUCCGUGGAGCGAUCAUGGAUUCCGGCAGUGUGGUUCCAGCUGAGAAGGUCGAUGGGAAGAAAGGCCAGGAAGUAUAUGAUGCGGUCGUUGCCUAUGCUGGGUGUUCAUCUCAAAAGGAUACACUGGAAUGUCUGCGAGGGCUGGAGUAUACUGACUUCCUCAACGCUGUCAACUCAGUGCCUGGUAUCUUGAGUUAUCAUUCUGUGGCUCUGUCCUAUCUUCCCCGACCCGAUGGAAAGGUUCUCACGCAAUCUCCCGAUCUACUGGCUGAAGCAGGAAAAUAUGCAUCGGUUCCUUUUAUUGUCGGGGAUCAAGAGGACGAGGGAACUAUAUUUGCCCUCUUCCAAUCCAACAUCACUACGACGGAUGAGAUAGUGGACUAUCUGUCUAGUAUUUUCUUCUACGAAGCCAGCCGCUCAACACUCGAAGAAUUGGUGGCAACCUACAAAGAUAUUUCCGAGGAUGGAUCUCCUUUCCGCACUAGUAACCUGAACAACUGGUACCCGCAGUAUAAACGUCUUGCUGCCAUCCUGGGUGACUUGACCUUCACUAUCACACGGCGAAUCUUCCUCUCUGUCGCCAAUAAGGUCAAGCCUGAUGUCCCCUCGUGGUCGUAUCUCUCCUCAUACGACCAUGGAACCCCGAUUCUGGGUACAUUCCAUGGAAGUGACCUUUUACAAGUUUUCUACGGAAUUUUGCCUAACUACGCGUCUCGGUCCAUUCAUACAUACUACCUCAGUUUUGUGUACGAACUCGAUCCGAACGCAAAGCGCGGAGAAUUUAUGGAGUGGCCGCAGUGGAGUGAAGGGAGUGAGUUAAUGAACUUCUUCGCGGACAAGGGGGAAUUGAUCAAAGAUGACUUCCGCAAUGAUACGUAUGCACUUCUGCAGAGUAAUAUCGAGUCGUUUUAUAUAUAG